AUGGGUCCAAUGCAAGAGGCAGGAAUCCUUGUCGUUUGUUGUACGGAUACGGACGAUCUGGACCGGCUUUCCUUACCGUGCUACACGAAGUCUGUAGAAGACGUUGUUGCGAAGUGCAGAAUGGAUCGCACGUAUGUAUUGAGUAUCGGAAUCCAGUACUACUCCCACGCAAUUCGUGGCGCUGCUUACCACGUGUCGAAUGUAUCUACCUUUUCCAAGGUUCAACCCGAGUCCGAGCCAAUCGGACAACUGGAUGAACUUCUCUCAAUCUUCACCACCGAUGACUCUGUGAAAUCAACAUUAAACAUCAAAGUUAUACUCGAGCUCCCCGGUUCCUGGCACGGUAAACGAUAUCGCCACACUAAAAUGCUUCUGGUUGUAAGAGGAGAUACUACUGUGUUUUCGUCGACUUCUGCUCUCGAAGUGUUAGAGACUAGUAGUGAGAUGCAGUGGAUCAUUAAGAUCUGCAAUCACUCGAUGUAUGGAAUCAAUCUUGAAGUGCCUCUGGUUCGACUGGGAUGGGGAGGUCUUGUAACGGUAUAUGCGCACGACUCGGCCGUCUAA